UUAUUAUUAAGUUGUUGUUAUGACAAAUUCUCAAACUGGGUAUUCUCAAAAUUUGCAGUAAAAAACAAAAAGCAAAAAAAAAAAAGUUUUAAUUUUGACUCCGUACAUAAUUGGCAGGUUAAAAAAAAACACAAAAAAAAACAUUUUGACUUUCUACUUUUGUAUUUAAGUACUGUGCAUUUGAAAGUCUGUACUUAUUUUCUUUUUACUGAAGUACAUGAUUUGCACGAGUACUUCUACUUUGACCAGUCCAGUAGCAGCAAGUACACAGUGUGGGUACUUUUGUCACCUCUGUAAAAACGGAAAUUACAUUCCGGUUUCAAAAUAAAAGCACUGGCGACGUGUGAGGUCAGUAGUGUUCAUCGAACGCCUUAAAAGUUGAAUGUCUCUUGGGCUCGAUGCUAUUGUUGCUCUUCUCCAAAAAUUAGUCAGACUGGUAAAAUUAGAUGAAAAUUGAACGCGCUCUUAUUAUGUUAUGCCAGACCGGAAACAGAAGACAUGUGUCUAAUGUGUUCAACUUGACCCAUCCGAUGUGUCGUCAAUGGUAGCGCGUCAGUGACGUCAGUGUGAGCUCAGAGAGCAGCCGGCCGCGCUCAUGAAUGGGACGCAAGUUCGUCAUCGGACAAUUCUGCGCAGCUUGAACGCAGCAACUGAAGUCUUUGAAGGCAGCAGAGGACAUCUUCAGCAUUGGACAUGGAUUUCGCUUCCAGGCAGGCGGACCCGACCGAGGACGUAGCCUAGCCUAAGAACCAUCUGAGGCCGUUGGAGUCUGCCAUGCCGGAAGACGGCGUUCAGGACCCCAUGAAAACCCCGGCGAGCGCAGAGAAAUCCGGCGGCGGUGCCGAGCGCCUCGCCGUCGCCGCGACGACGGUCAACAUCCCCCUGGUCAACGAGGUCCAGCUGACGGCGGCGACGGGCGGCGCCGAGCUGUCGUGCUACCGCUGCACGGUCCCGUUCGGCGUGGUGGUCCUGAUCGCCGGCGUGGUGGUGACGGCCGUGGCUUACAGCUUCAACUCGCACGGCUCCACCAUCUCCUACUUCGGACUGGUGCUGCUCUCGGCCGGACUGGCGCUGCUGGCGUCCAGCGCCGUCUGCUGGAGAGUCCGACUGGAAGGCAAAAAGGAGCGGCGGCGCGAAAGCCAGACGGCGCUGGUGACCAAUCGGAGGAACCUUUUCACGUGAGCGCCACCCGGCAGGAGGAGGAGGACGAGCAACUGUAAGAACCAGAGACGGGGGGCCCCGGUCACAUGACUUAUGCCGCCGGAACGCAGCGAAGGCUCGACUCGACUUUGUCUUGCAAUUCGUGAGACUGGACUUGACUUUGACUUGAGCGACAGUCGACACGCUGCAUAUUUGCCAGAAGAAGAUGCAGAGAAGGUCCCCAACUAAGCUCUAAGUAAUACUUGUUGUCCCCACGUCCCAGAGAGAACACUGUAAGUGACUUCCUCCCACCUCUAGUAGGAAAUGUCCAGGAUUGUUAGAGGGAAGACGGCGCGGAGAACAGAACUCAAGCGUGCGCGCACCAUUGAAGACAAGAUUGUGAAAGUCCAGGGAUGACUUAUUGACCCGUUUAAAUGUUGAUUCAUGUCAAGUUGCAUCACGAACCGACGGUACUGGAUCCGAGGAGCACUCCGCACUUUUGUGUCAGUGCGCUUCAACCUCAUUUUGGUCUUACGACGGACUCUGAAACCCUAAAUCCCACGCAACGUGGCAAUAGGUCACGAUCGUACGGGAAUGUUGCUCUGAAAUAAACCCUUCAAAUGUACCCGACGACCAAUCAAGUCAAUGAUUUGUGAUCAAUCCACAUUUCAUCCCUGUUCACGUGCUCCAAAUGCACCUUCGAGGCAUUGUAUAUUCGUUAUCUAAAGGUUGCAAGUACAAUGAACUGGAGUGGGCUUCAGUCGACAUGUUGUCAUACUAAACUGCAAAUGAUGUUCAUCUUCACGAAGUAAAACGAUCCAAAACGAAUCCAACUCUUAAUUGUUAUCACGAAUGGUCAGCGUCAUAAAGAAAAUCAUGAUCUCGGUUAGAAUGACAAUCUUUGUAUAAGAAAAUGUAUGCUCAUUUGAAUAAAGUGGAGUACAUAGAAA